AUGGCAAGGGGGGGCAGGCCGCAGAGGAGGGGUGCUCGGGAAAGAGGGGUGCGGGUGGCUGAGUUGUUGAGAGGAGCCGAGAAAAGAGUGAGGCAGAGGGAAGAGGGAAGAGGGAAUGAGGGAAAAGGGAAAAGGGAAAGUGAAGGUGUAGGGAGAGUGGGGCUGCUCCGCGGGGAAGAAGCUGCAAGGAAGAAGAGGGCAGAGGGAGCUAGGGCUGGAAAGUGGAGGUCUGGCUGA